UGGACGGAGCAAUGUUCGGGACCAGCUUCUCGCACAACUUCUUCGCGCAGCGGCCGAACUUGAGACCCCAGCCGCCACUGGACGUCCCCCGUCUAUUUGGCUUCCGGUUUUUACGAGACGGCCUUGAUGAAGCUCUAAUCGCCCGAGUCCUCUCCCAAGAAUAUCGGAUCCUCGGUCGAUAAGUCCCAAUGAA